AUGGACAUACCUGUCGCCUUAGACUUUGACCCGGAGGUACUGUCCGGAUUCCGGGAGGCUCUAGAGGGCAUGCCGCCGUCGUCGGAGCCUGCGGUUGUCUCGUCCGCCGAAGACGAGACACCCAUUGAGCAGGAGCGGGAGGACAUGAAGGACGCGGACGCAUGUGACAUGCCAACGUCGCCGGCCACCGGCGACAUGCCGGAGCUUUCCUGCCUUGUCCGUGCCCGCAUCCUCGCGUUCCAAGAGAAGACGAUCGAACGGAGACGAAGCAAGGGCCGCGACGCCAAGGUGUCGCCCCUGUGGCCGCCGGGAGGCGAGCGGAAGGCGGUGGUGUACUUCACGAGCCUCCGCGGCGUGCGCAAGACGUUCGUGGACUGCUGCGCCGUGCGCAGCAUCCUGCGCGGCUACGGCGUGCGCCUAGACGAGCGCGACGUCUCCAUGCACGCCGUCUUCAAGGCCGAGCUCGCGGACCUCCUCGGGCCCGGCUUCGCAGGCGCCGCGCUCCCGCGCGUGUUCGUCGACGGCCAGUACCUCGGCGGCGCCGAGGACGUGUACUUCCUGCACGAGGCGGGCGAGGUACAUGGAGACGUGCGCCGCCUGCGGCGACGUCCGGUUCGUGCCGUGCGAGACGUGCUACGGCAGCUGCAAGAUCUUCGUCGAGGACGACGACGCGGGCGACAGGUAUCACGACGUCGGCGAGUUCCGGCGGUGUCCCGAUUGUAA